CAUUCCGUUUCUGUUUAACGUUCAAUGAGAAACAAGGAUAAGAUGAUACUCGCCGUAAACAUAAUCGCCAAGUGGAAUUUACCCUUUGUGACUUCUUGUAACUCGUUCUGAGCUCCAAUAGUUUUAGAUUAUUAUUAAACUAGGUUAGGCUAGUAUGCUAAUAUUUAAGCAAUUUAAGUAUCUUACAUACAUUCCAUUAUUACAUAAAGGGAGAACUGCGUGUUUUCUUGAUAUCUUAAGCAACCUUACCAUCUUCAAAUAUGAACGAGACUAUGAAAUAUGUUAUCCAUAUGGCAGAUUAUUUGGACACAUAUUCUGGCAGAGAUAAAAUGUUAAAAACCCUGUCAUAUACAGCAAAACUUCUCACUAUAAGCACUUCAUCCAAGAGUACUCAAAAGAAACUUAAAGAUAUUGGAAGUGAAAUGAGUGAAGGUAGAAUGUUACUGCGCCUGUUGGAUGACUUUUCUGCAUUACGUUCCGUUAUAAAAUAUGGAUGGGGAAAAGAGGAACCUGAUAGCUUAAUCAGAUGGGCUCAAGUGUUGCAAAAUACAGUGGACAUAAUCUAUUGUGCUAUAGAACAUAUUUAUUGGGCUGGUAUACGUGACAUUGUUUUAAUCAAUAUCAAUAAGUGGAGUUUAGCUACAACUUUAUUCUGGAUACUAAGCAUACAUCUAUCAUUAUUAAAGACAAUGAGAAAAAUUAGAUAUCUUCAAAUAUGCAAAAUAAAUUUGGAGAAUAGUUAUCAACCCGACGGAUUGAAAUUGAGAGAAGUCACCAGGAAACGUAAUUUCGAAGUAUUAACGUGUACACGCUUAUUGCUGGAUCUUGGUUAUGCAGUUCAUUACUUACCAACAGGUGUACUUUGGGGAGAAUGCUUACAGACUUGGCAUGUAGGAGCACUUGGUACAAUGUCUGCAUUAAUCGCGAUUUAUCAAGCUCUUAAAAACCGCAUAGAAGCAAAGAAACUUUCCUAACGAUAUGUAUAUUUUUUUGUUACCUUAAUUGACAAACAAUAAGAGGUUUGUAUUAUUAUAUACUGUGUAUAUAAUAAUAAGAUACAUACAAUGAAAGAGAAAGAAAUAUAUACAUGCUUUAUAUAUAAAGAAACAAUAUUUUAACAAUAUUUUAAAACAAUAUUUUAAAGAAACAAAUAUUUC